UAUGCAACAACGCUUCACAGCAGCAGCAGCAGCUUCACGUUUGUGGUCGGAGCGGGUUUUUUUCACGUUGGCCGUUCAUGUUUUAAUUAGCAGAUAGGAAGCAGGUGUGCGCUCCAGCCAGCACGUCUUAACCCGGCUUUGAACGCGCUCUCGGCCAUUCACACCCUGACUGUCGUGCCUCCUUGUUAGCUUCUCCAACACGACUUGUCAGACGCAACAUGUUCGUGUGGUUUUGCAUUGUCGCGUGUGCUUCGGCCGCUUGCCUGGUGGACGCCGGGAUGGUGAAGGCCGGUCAGCCACACCAAGUCCCGGUGAACGGCUCCAAGGUUUUGAGGGCAGCCCACUUUGCUUUAGUUGAAUUCAACAAGGCAAAUAUAGAGGAACAGUUCGCUUAUAAAACUGUAAAAAUCACGUCGGCCAAUAUUCAGAUCGUCUCUGGUAUAAACUACAUCCUAAAAAUGCUGCUGGCACGUACGAGGUGCAAGAAGAUCUUCACUGAUGACGGUGUAUCAUGUGUUUUCCACUCUGAGCCCAAGGAACUUCAGUGCCUCUUCGUCGUAUCAGAAAUCCCCUGGGAAGGUUCUCGUGUACUUUCUAAAAAUAAGUGUUUUCCAUAUAAUUAUUGACCGCUAUUCUGAUUGCUGUUGUCAAAU